AUGAUGGCGCGUGUAGCAGUGGGUCUUGCGGCGCUGGUCCCCCUGGCCGCCGGGCAGAACGAUGCUCUGAUGGCCGACCUGGAAGCACUCCGAGCUGAAGUCCUUGCACAACAAGCUCUCAUUCAGGAGCAGCAGCACCGCUACGAUUCCAUGGUCGAGGCUCGAAGGCUUCAGGUGGGCUAUGUGAGCACCGAGACCUUCAACGCAGAGGUCCAAUCGUUGAAGAAUACGCAGUACAGCCUGGGCGGUGCGAUGGACUCCGCUUGGCUGUGCCUCUGCGGUUCUCUUGUCAUGUUCAUGCAUGCUGGCUUCGCAAUGUUGGAGACCGGCAGCUGCCGCGCAAAGAACGCAUCCAACGUUCUCAUGAAGAACUUGGUCAAUGUUACGGUGGGUACACUGGGAUGGUGGGCCUUUGGCUGGGCUUUUGCCUAUGGCAGCCAGGGCGAACCGGCCAACGGAUUCAUCGGGACGUCGGAGUUCUUCGGUGUCGGACUGUAUACCAAAGUUGCGGACACGGAUGUCAUCACGCCCCUGGCAUCGUGCGAUGGGGACGGAUGCCAGAGCAAGAUGCUGAGCUGGUUCUUCCAGUGGGCGUUCUGUACUGCCGGCGCGACCAUCGUGAGUGGUGGCGUGGCGGAGCGGGUGAAGAGCCCCACCUACGCGGUGUACGCCUUCUGCAUGACCAGCUUUAUUUACCCGGUUGUGGUCGCAUGGACAUGGGGUUACGGCUGGUUGGACUCAGUGCUGGACGUGGGCUACAUGGAUUUUGCGGGCAGCGCCAUCGUGCACUUGACGGGUGGCGUGAGUGCUCUGGCAGGCACUGUCGUGCUCGGCCCACGCAAGGGUCGCUUCGAGAACCCCGAGGAGUUCGAGUGCCACAACUUGCCCCUGGUGGUGCUGGGCACCUUUUACGAUGUCGGUGGCCUCUGCAAUGGUAUCCUGGCCGGUCUCGUGUCCAUCACCGCUGGCUGCGGCAACGUGGAGUGCGGCAGCGCCUUCGCCAUCGGACUGCUUGGUGCCUUCGUGUACCAGGGCUCGUCCAUGCUCUUGCAGAAGCUGAAGAUCGACGACCCA